AUGGUGGCUACGACGCGCAGCACCGAGGAUCGCCUGGGGCAGUUAGAGAAGGUGGUUGGCGAAUUGCAGACGUCGCUCGUGACCCUCACGGCCACGGUGGACUCCAACCGUUCCACCAUCGAAUCUCAGUUAGCCGCCAUAUUGGCUGCUGUCUCCCACCACGACAAGCCGCCCGUUCUUCCACACCAUACGCCUGAUCCUACGGGUACCCCGCCGAUUUCUCUUCCGCUUCAACGAAUGGACCUGCCGGUUUUUGAUGGUCUUGAACCGCGUGGCUGGAUAGCUAGGGCAAACCAAUAUUUUCUCGUUCAUCAGAUCGCUGAUAAUCAAAAGUUGCAAAUCGCCAUCAUUGCAAUGUCUGGAGCCGCCCUAUCUUGGUUGCACUUGUUCCUGCGCAGAACCCCGAAUCCGGCCUGGCCAGAUUUUACCAGAGCCCUCUUAGAGCGUUUUGGCGAUGCUUCUACUUUCAACACCUAUGAGGCCUUGUUCCUAUUCCGCCAAACCGGAUCCUUGGAGGAGCACAUCGCCGCUUUCGAAGGACGUGCAGCACAGUUACCCAUUCCCUUAUCUGAUGAUCAGAUGCUGGGAUAUUUUUUGGGUGGCCUGAAGUCUUCCGUCCGUGAUCGAAUCCAGGACACUGCCCUCACUAAUUAUGACUCGGCUGUACGAGCAGCACGGCGCGCCGAACGGCCGUCUACUGUACCCGGAUCCUUCUCCCGUGCUGUUACUCUUCCGGUGCAGACGUCACGACCAGUUUAUCCUCCGCGUACCACGGUUACUCCGCCACCCCCCGGGUCUGCCACAUCACCGCAGUCCUCCAACUUUUCGAAGGCACACAAAUUUCGCCAAUUGCCGCAAUCGGAAAUCCAGAAACACCUUGCUGCUGGCACUUGUUUUCGUUGCAGCUUACCUUUUGGCCCUCUGCAUCGAUGCCCGCCCAAGACGCUGAAUGUUCUCGUCUAUGAUGAUUUGGACGAUUCUGAGUCUGCCACCACACCUGCUCCAGACCUUCCACUCUCACCGAAUGCUGAGGCUGACGACACACCGGAGGAAACUACCCUCCAGCACAGCCAGCUUUCCGAACUAACUUUUUUUGGAUUUGAUGGCCCCCAAACCAUGAAGUUUUUCGGUUGUGUGAAUCAAACCCGUCUGCUUAUCAUGGUCGAUAGCGGCGCCAGCCACUGUUUUAUCUCCGAAAAGAUGGCUACAGCCCUACAGCUACAAGUAGACUCCAUCGUCCAUUCCUCAGUUACACUCGGCGAUGGUACUCGUGUUCGAUCCAGGGGUUUCUGUAAGGAUGUUCCACUUCUCUUAGAUGGUGUGAUAUUCUCUAUUUCUUGUUAUGUUUUUCCUUUAUCCAGUGUGGACUUGAUCCUUGGCAUCUCAUGGUUGGCUACAUUGGGGAAUGUCAAGACUAAUUGGGCGACACUUACCAUGGAAUUUUCUGCCUCCGACCGUGACAUCUGUUUACGGGGGGACCGCUCCCUGACCCGCCGUAGGUGUGAUCCUCGCAAGCCUCACGAACUCACCUCUGCAGACACCUGCUGGAUACUAUGGCUGUUGGAUGGAGAACAAAUUCGGGGCGUCUCGCCCAACCUCUCUGCCGAUGCCCAGCGUGCAUUAGCUAAUCUCUUGGCGGAAUUUCCGGAAGUCAGUACACCUGCCACAACCCUUCCUCCACCGCGAGCUCAUGAUCAUCGUAUCCCCUUGCAGCCUGGCUCCCAUCCGGUAUAA